AUGAGUGGUCCAGACAAUGUGUUUUCGAAUUUCGCUCCGAUCCUGGACGAUUCGGCGGGAGUUGGACAAACGGUCGAAGAUCAGCAGCUUCCAUUGCCCCAGCUGUUGACGAAGAUCAUUGCACAACGCGGGUCGUUUCUGGACAUCACCGAAGAGAAACUUCAACAGGAGAUUGAAGCCCAACAAUCUGGCUCUGAGGAGACCGUCAAGAAGAAGGAGCAAGAGACAGAAAAGGAGCAGGAGUUCAGCUCGGAGAAUUUCAUUUCCCAGGAGGAUUUCUUGAAACAGAAAGAAACCAUCAUCAAUUCUGUCCAUUCAGCCUUAAACGAGUCCUCGUUGUCGUUGGACUUUGUUUCUUUGCUGAUAUCGUGUGUUCGUCCAGCGGCCGGGUCGUCGUCGAUGUCGCCGCAUUUGAAACAACAUAUUAAGAUUGGAUCGUUGUCUAGCGAUAAAGUGGAACCUCCUGAGGAUACUGAAAAGUUACAGUUCGACAUCUCCAGAGUUGGCCGCGGCUGGAAACUUGAGAGUUUGGAGCGUGCGUCCAAGAACCUGAAAAACAGCAGUCUUCGGCUGAAAGAGGAGGUCGCAAAGGAGAAGAACUUCUGGACAGGAAUGGUGGAAGUUCUCAAGUCGAACGAAGUGAUUACCAGCAUGAACAUCAAGAACACUAAGGAAAUCUGUGUGAAGUACGGCUACGGAGAUGCUGGGUCGACGUACUACGAUAAGGGAAUUGGUUUGUUGAAGAAAGAUCCAACUUCAGGAGACCUCACGUUUGGAAUCUCUGCGCCAACAACCGAGGAAAAAACAGAUAAACUUGUGAACGUGAAACUUUACACUAAAACCGGAGACAAGCUCACUUUGAUCGCGGAAUCCAACCUCCAGGACAGAAUCGGCAUUUUACAGAAAGAAGGUAUCAUCAAUGAAAUUGCCAAGGCCAGAUACUACUUGUUUGAAGAAGAGUUGUUUUACCAGCUUCUGAGAGAAGCUGCCACCCUAAUCUCUUUGCAGGUUACCAUCGAUGAAGACAAGAUCCUGAUCGAUUUACACGACGAGAUCGUUGAGAUCAGCCAGGUGGCACCAGAAAAUGUGCAAUUGCCCGAACAAUCGUCCUCCAACGAAAGAGCAGAGCUCAUCCAAAUAUAUCUCCGCUUAAUGCUUUACGCGGAGCACAAACGAAACUUAGAUCAACGCAAGAUUCCACCGUUGAGCUUGAACACAGAAACUACAGGAGCAUCUCAGACGUUCCCCAGCUCGAUCAUCAGACCGAUGAUCGUCUACAACCGCCACGAACGCUCGCUCAAAACCGUCCAAGAUGUGCUCGAGUCGGUCAUCACGGUGCAGCUCGACAACGACCGCACCCGUGCCACGACGUACUUGAAGGAGAACUUACAACUCACCAAGAACCUGAACGAGCCCAAGGGUGUUGUGGAUCCGUUCUCAAGGGUGCUGACUCCGCCAGCGUCGGUUUUGGAGCUUCCGAUCAAUAAUCUAAAAAUACGGGUCAAAUUAAACUCCCUGAUAAACUCGGCACACUCGACGAUUAACCUCGACUUGGAAACCGACACUGGAAGUUCUCUUUUGGGCACCUCGCUGAACGACGCAAGAGAAUUGGAAGAUUGUCUAAAUUGGGCAAUUCGGGAGCAUAAUUCCGAUCAGGGUAGAUAG